GCGAGCCCGGACCUGCCCGCGGACCCGGCGGCGCAGUCUCGCGGGAUCGCUCAGCUCUCGCUCCCCGUGCGGCUCCCGGGCGGCUGGAGUCGCCGACACCCCGGGGCCGCCUCAGGUCGCGGCUGGACGGCGGGCUGCACGGGGGCGGGAGGGAGAGCCGCCUCUGAUCGUUGCCCGAGGAGAAGAGCUGCGCUUUCAACAUGGUCAAAUAAUGAAGUGAGACAUUUGAACGCUCUCUCUCUGGACGGAAAUCUGAGAAUGAGAAGAGCGAUCCGCGCAGGCCAGGCGGUGAAAGCAGGAGUUUGAAGAGGAUGGAAAUGUGGGCAGUGCUGUGGAUGGGUGUUUUUCUGCCCCUCGUCAGAGGGCACAGUCUUUUCACCUGCGAGCCCAUUACGGUCCCCAGAUGUACGAAAAUGGCCUACAACAUGACCUUUUUCCCCAACCUGAUGGGUCACUAUGAUCAGAGUACUGCUGCUGUGAAAAUGGAGCACUUUCUUCCUCUUGCAAAUCUGAAUUGUUCACCAAAUGUUGAAACUUUCCUUUGCAAAGCUUUUGUACCAACCUGCACAGAGCAAAUUCAUGUGGAUCCACCUUGUCGUAAAUUUUGUGAAAAAGUAUAUUCUGAUUGCAAAAACUUAAUUGACACUUUUGGGAUCCAGUGGCCUGAGGAACUUAAAUGUGACAGAUUACAGUAUUGUGAUGAGACUUUUCCUGUAACACUUGAUCCACACACAGAGUUUCUUGGUCCUCAGAAGAAAACAGAACAAGUCCAAAGAGACAUUGGAAUAUGGUGUCCAAGGCAUCUUAAGACUUCUGGGGGACAAGGCUAUAAAUUCCUGGGAAUUGACCAGUGUGCACCUCCGUGCCCCAACAUGUAUUUUAAAAGCGAUGAGCUGGAGUUUGCAAAAAGCUUUAUCGGAAUAGUUUCAAUAUUUUGUCUGUGUGCAACUCUGUUCACAUUCCUUACUUUUUUAAUUGAUGUUAAAAGAUUCAGAUACCCAGAGAGACCAAUUAUAUAUUACUCUGUCUGUUACAGCAUUGUAUCUCUUAUGUAUUUUAUUGGAUUCUUGCUAGGUAAUAGCACAGCCUGCAAUAAAGCAGACGAGAAGCUAGAAGUUGGUGAGACGGUAGUUCUAGGCUCUCAAAAUAAGGCUUGCACCAUUUUGUUUAUGUUUUUGUAUUUUUUCACAAUGGCCGGCACUGUGUGGUGGGUGAUUCUUACCAUUACUUGGUUCUUAGCUGCAGGAAGAAAAUGGAGUUGUGAAGCCAUUGAACAAAAAGCAGUGUGGUUUCAUGCUGUUGCCUGGGGAACACCAGGUUUUCUCACUGUUAUGCUUCUUGCAAUGAAUAAGGUUGAGGGAGACAACAUUAGUGGAGUUUGCUUUGUUGGCCUUUAUGACCUGGAUGCUUCUCGCUACUUUGUACUCUUGCCACUGUGCCUUUGUGUGUUUGUCGGGCUGUCUCUUCUUUUAGCUGGUAUCAUUUCCUUAAAUCACGUUCGACAAGUGAUACAACAUGAUGGCCGUAACCAAGAAAAACUAAAGAAAUUUAUGAUUCGAAUUGGAGUCUUCAGUGGCCUGUAUCUCGUGCCAUUAGUGACACUUCUUGGAUGUUACGUCUAUGAGCAAGUGAACAGGAUUACCUGGGAGAUAACUUGGGUCUCUGACCAUUGUCGUCAGUACCAUAUCCCAUGUCCUUAUCAGGCAAAAGCAGAAAAUCGACCAGAGUUGGCUUUAUUUAUGAUAAAAUAUCUGAUGACAUUAAUUGUUGGCAUCUCUGCCGUCUUCUGGGUUGGAAGCAAAAAGACAUGCACAGAAUGGGCUGGGUUUUUUAAACGCAAUCGCAAGAGAGAUCCAAUCAGUGAAAGUCGAAGAGUACUACAGGAGUCAUGUGCACUGCCUGCUGUUACACUGGAAACAAGAAAUGCUGAGAAUAAUAUGAUUCAUUUCACAAGAGGUUAAUGACAACAAUAUACCCGAAAAACAGAAAUGUGCAGGUUAAUAAUAUUUUUUAAAUUGUGUGGGAAGAGGGAGUUAGAGGAAUCUUCCUUUUUCUAUUUAUGAAGAUUCUGCUCUUGUUAAAAGUAUUUUAAGGUGUACAAUGCUAUUUUACUUUUAUGAUAUAAAAUCAAGAUUUUUCUUUGCUGAAGUAUUUAAAACUUAUCCUUACAUCUUUUUUAUAUAUUUGAAAAUAAGUUUAUAUGUAUUUGAAGUUUUUUUAGAUAUCCUGGAAAAUCUACUCAAAUAUUUUAUUAUGUUACCUGAUAUCUUAUUUUCAUACUACGUUGGUAGCUUUUACACUGAAUUGCUAAGAAAAUUGAAAAAUAGUAUUCUUCUGUAGUACAAAAAGAGUUGGCACACCAGAGGUGUCAUAAUGGGAAUUCAACUAAAAAAUCCACUUACUGUACCUUACCGUCUUCAGUAUGUGAAUUUUAUAAGUCUCAUUGUUUUAGAAGUUUCACAGCUCUAUUACACAACUGAAAUAAGGUGCUCUUUGGAAGAGUGUCUAAUGUUGUUUAUAUUAUGUUGCUUGCUGAUCCUUCUGCAUUUUAAAAAUAAAAUGUCCUGCAGGAUUAGUAGAUGGACUGUUACUCUUCUAUAAAUUAAGCCAAGUGCAAUCGAUUUUAUUUUUUUUAAUGUUUCUUGCCCACCCAGGAUUGUUAUUAUGACCACUACAGUUGCUUAUACUUUUGUUUUAACUUUUGUCUUUUAACAUUUAGAAUACUACAGAUGGUUUGUAUUUGUGCAGUAUCUUUUCCAGAUAUUAUGUAGAAUUCAUUUCUGCAGCUACGUAAAUAGGAUUUUGCUGAACAUGAAAAAGUGUGUUAGCAAUAUUAGUGCCAAUCAAAUGGAAAAAAUGUAGUUCUGAUAAAAUAAAUUUCAUAUAAUAUACUAUAAAAUACUAAAGAAUAUUAUUAAUUUUGUUUCUAAUUAAGUAUUAUUCCUCAAACAGGUUUUCUGAUGCUUUUGGUUUUUUCUCUAUUACCAUGCUGUUAAAGCAUACAAAGAAAAUUAUCAUGUACUGUAUGGAAAAUGUUGUAAAUAUUAACUUCAUCACGUUUGUUAACUUUGUAUACAAAAACUUUGUUUAUGUGAUCUUUUCAGUAAUAAAAUUUUCUUUAUAUAAGA